AUGAAUUACGAUACGGCCAGAGCCUCGACCUGCACUACUUGCAAGGCCCGAGAAGAUCUGAGCAACUAUUGGAUUCCCAACCUCUACUAUCGCGCCCCUGAUGGCACCUUCGAAGAUGUCCCUCAGACAGGUGGCAUGUUGGUGUAUUACCUACAGCGAUCGGAUCCCAAGGAUCCAGAAUACGAGAAGGGCUUGCUUGCGUUCCCCGAGGGCUUCCAGAUGUUGGCGGGUAACCCGCAUUUGCGAAGUUUCAAAAACACGCUCGAACAAAGGGCCAUCUCUUACGCCUGCCUUGGAGUAAGCGGACCCGAGACCCAUGAGAUCCCUCCCCAUAAUUGCCCCAAUGGAUUGCGCGCUCAAGUAAUGUUCCCCUCCUGCUGGGAUGGCAAGAAUCUGGAUUCGCCUGACCACAAAAGCCAUAUGGCGUAUCCGGAUCGGGUUGAUAGUGGUGUUUGCCCACGUUCGCACCCAAAGCGCCUCGUCACGAUAUUUUACGAGGUAGUCUUUCAGGUCGACCAGUUCAAUGACAGGUGGCAUGGGAGCUCGCAUCCUUUUGUCUUUUCCAAUGGCGAUCCGACCGGCUACGGCCUGCAUGGCGACUUUCUCAACGGUUGGGACGUUAAGGUCCUGCAGAAGGCAGUCAAAGAGUGCACUGAUGCUUCUGGAGUCAUUGAGAAGUGCCCUGCCCUUACAUUCUUCGACGAUGAUGCCAUGAACGGAUGUCGCGUGCCAGUCCAGGUCGAUGAGAAGACUAAUGGUGUCCUCAAAUCACUCCCCGGUUGCAACCCUGUUACGUUCGGCCCGGAGCCUGCUACGCCAGUUGUUGGUGAAGCGUGCAAUGCCACUAAGAAGAUCAGCCCACCGAAGUGGCCAUUCACCGACGUUACCAACACCAAGAAGUUCCGCUACCUGGGAUGUGCCAAGGACACUUACGGUUCCCGCAGCCUUAACAUGGCCCAAACGAGUGCCGAUAACAUGACGAUUGAGUCGUGUCUUGACUACUGCGAGCAUCAGGGCUACUUGUUCGCCGGCCUCGAAUACGGCCGAGAGUGUUACUGCGGGAAUGCUGUUGAUAAGAAUAAGCUUCCUGUUAAGGGACAGCUGGGUAAAUGCGAGAUGCCUUGUGCAGGUAACAAGGAACAGGUCUGUGGAGGUCCAGGCGCCCUUUCACUCUAUCAAAAGUGCAAAGCAUCAGAGGGUUUGUGCAAAAAUGCCGAGAUUAUGUAA